CGGACCGCCACCGGACGAGCCGGCACUUCUCAGCCAGUUCCUCUCCGAUCACUGCCCACCGCCAGCCACACAGCAGCCACCAUGGUUAAGGAAUUCGCAGGCAUCAAGUACAAGCUCGACUCGCAGACCAACUUUGAGGAGUACAUGAAGGCCAUCGGUGUGGGCGCCAUCGAGCGGAAGGCAGGUCUGGCGCUGUCGCCGGUGAUCGAGCUGGAGAUCCUGGACGGUGACAAGUUCAAGCUCACCUCCAAGACUGCCAUCAAGAACACCGAGUUCACCUUCAAGCUGGGCGAGGAGUUCGACGAGGACACCCUGGACGGCCGCAAGGUCAAGUCCAUCAUCACUCAGGACGGACCCAACAAGCUUGUCCACGAGCAGAAGGGCGACCACCCCACCAUCAUCAUCCGCGAGUUCUCCAAGGAACAGUGCGUUAUCACGAUUAAACUGGGCGACCUGGUGGCAACGAGAAUAUACAAGGCCCAGUAAACGGGCACCCGUCCCACCGACUUCCUUUGUUUUCAGCAUUAAAUGUAAUUUUCAGUUUACUGUGUGAUCCGAAGUUAUUGUUUGCUUUUUUUAAAGUAAUAUGUGCUUGGUGUGUAUCUAAUUAAAUCAUUUUUUACAAUUUCACAAA